AUGCCCACUACAAACAACAACAACAACAUCACCACAGUGGCUGUUUCAUACACCCAACCCAUCAUCACCGUCGACGAUGAAGACGAUUAUUUCCUAACCUCCAAAUCCCUCUUCUCUCAGAAUCAUGAAUUUUCAUUUCGGUCCGAAUUUUCGGAAUUUCUCGAAGAAGAACAAGUGGAUUCAACUCCUCGAGAAAUUCUCUCCAAUCCCAACACAACAUCCAUCAUCCGAACAACAUCAAAAGACUCUUCUUCUCUUCAUGACUCUCCAAACAGUAAAACUAGUAAUACUAAUAAUAGUAGUAAUAAUAGUAAUAGUGAUGAUGAAAUGGUCACUCCUCCUCGAACAUUCGCCAAACAUGAAAAUUUCGACAGCAGCUGCUACACGUUGCACAACUGUUCCACAACCUUUUCCAAUCGUCAUGAAAAUUCUCAAUCUUUAAAUGUUUCAUUUGUUUCCACUUUCAGUUCAUUGAUUAAUGAAAGUAGUUUUUGUCUUUCCUCUUCUUCUUCUUCUUCGAUGAGCAUUGAAACAAGAACAACACCACUCUCUCUCAUGACACCACAUCGACCACAUCGACCACUAUUACCCAAUGAACCACAGAGUACAACAACAAUUAUUUCAUUGAGUAAUAUCCAACCAUCCUCUUCAUGUGGUGGUGGUCAUGGUGGUGACGAUGGUGAAAAUGAUGAUCAUUCCUUGCUCACGUUUGAGGAGGAUGAAACUUUUAGUUUCGUGGAAUCUCCUUGUAAACAAAUCUCUUGUACAACCUCUCAUGAAGACUCUCUUGUACAACGGAAUUAUGUGCCAGAUACCAAUUGUUUGUCACCUCCAAUGUUGUUGAAGAAGAGUCAAUUAAUCAAAGAUUCAGAGUUCUUUUCUAAAUAUGGUAAUGUUGAGAGAAGAGCUACAUUGACACCAGUGUCAUUUGCAUUUCUAACACAACAUCAAACUCAAAGAAAUAGUUUAUCAAAGAAGGGAAAUUUCAUUCAUCGACUUUCGAUUCGAAAAUUGGAUGAUACCAUUGAUAGCAACCAUUCAAACACUCCGCUGAUGUUUUUGAAAAAUCUUGUCACACUUCAAAAAUCCAACAGAACGAGUCCUUCUUCUCCAUCUUCCUCCUACUGCCAUUCAAAUACUCCAAUAAGUAAUAACAUACUUCACCAAAUGAUCACAAAUCAUGGAGUAAGCGUCCAUGAAUUAAGUCAAAUCCAUGAUGUGGUUCUUAUCUUUUUACGAAGUUUCACAUGCCCUUUUACAAAAUAUUCCAUUUCUGACAUGACCAAAGAAUACCAACAUUUGCUCAAUAUGAAUACUCUUCCAGUCUUUGUUCAUCAAGGAAGUGGAUUUUUGGAACAUGACAUGUUUUCUGAAAGGGUAGAAACCAGAAAGUGUGAAAAAAAGGGACUCACACGUUUAUGGAGAAGUUUCUAUAAGAGCACUUCUAGAAAUGACAAUUCUUCUCAGCGUCUCGUAUCAAGCAGAGAUAGCCUUCACACCAUUUUUGGAGCAAAUUGUGUACAAUCGGAUCAAGAAAGUUUCACUCUUUACAAGAGUUUGAUCGAAGACUAUCAUAGAGUUUCAGAUCCCACUGGUUACUUAUUUUUCAAUCACUUUAACAUUCGAAAGCUACCCAUGAAAUCUCUCAUUAAUCUAAGUUCAUUAUUUUCUGCAAUUACCAUGACAUUACAAGGUUAUAGUGUUGGAAUUUGUACCAAUCAUUUGUCUCAAGUUCACCGAUUGCCAGUCAUGUUUCGAGUUUCAAAAGGUGAAAUUUGUGAACAAUUUACCUUUGUGGACUUGCAAGAUAAACCUGAUUACAUUGAUUAUCUUGUCGAUGCUAAUAGUGAAGAAAGUGUGAAUUUAGAUUAUGAAUUUUUAACAUUGUCUCCAUUGAAGCCAAACAAUGGAUUCAAGAAGUCAGAUCCAUCCAUCCCUGAAGUCAUUCACUCACAAAAUAUGAACUGUGUGACCAUUCAUCCAGACAAAUACAUUUACUCAAAUAACAUUUCUUCAGUGCCAACAGAUCAAUUAAGAGACAUGAAUGAUAACUUUGAAAAGAAUUCAAGUGAACAUGGAAACAAACUUCGCAAAACAUUUUCAUGCUUUUUUGGAAAUCAACAUGGCUCUCCUAAAAGUUCACCAAAGAGAAACAACACUGGAUCGAGUAUGGAUGAGCUUCUCUCAAGAAGAUCAAAUUUACAAAUUUUAACAAGUACGGACGCUUUGAAAUCUGCUCGAAAUGAACUUUUUUCUUCUCUCUCGGAUAUUAUGAAUGAUCCCAGAAGUAGAAUGGAAUUCAAGAAUUAUUGUGAAAUUUCACAUCACCUGAAUACGUUUUGUUUGUAUGACAAAUUGAAGUAUUACUAUCAAACAUUAUUGGAUGUCAAGACAAACCAACAAGUGAACAUUCAAACUCUCAAAUGUAUUGCCUUAACCAUAUUGAAAACAUUCCUAAAUGAAGAAAGUAAGGCAUUUGUCUUUUCAAUUCAGCCACACACGAUUGAGAAGGUGAAACAAACAUAUGAAAAGGAAGGACUUGUGAAAUCAUUAUUUGAUCCUUUGUUGCACGAAAUGGAGACACACAUCUUACCUCCUCUUGUACGAAAUUUCAAAUAUCAAUAA